GCGAGGACGAAUCCUUGAGGUGUUCCAGUGCCGGUGGUGUCCCCCAUCCUCACCCGCUGUGUCCUCCCUCGUCAGGAAGCUGUAAAUCUGCCGAGGGACGGCAGGUGAGAUGUUGAGCUUGAGAAGCUCGGAGGAGAGGAUUUUGGAGAUGAUGGUGCGGAAUCCAGAGCUGAAGUCCACGAACAGGAUCUUCGGGUCGUCGAGGUGUCGACGGAGCUUUCGUUGGACCGCAACCAUCUUAAUCACAGUGAUGAAUGAGUUACGCUAAAGUAUCCUAUUAGAUGUGGUUCAGAAUUCACAGUAAAAUGAAAGUCAGAAACUAAGGCCAGGUCGAAUGAGGAAGUGUGGCCUCACACCAGCACGGACCACGGAAGUAACUUAUCUGUGGCCAGAGCAGCUGCGGCACCGCCGCCGCACCACUUUUGCUUCUGUCUCGCUUGCGGUGAGAACACAAAGCUCUUGCAGUUGGCCCAGUCUCGAUUAAAAGAUUAGCGUCUAAAAGGCCCGAGAUGGGCUUCGGGGAGGACUUGGGCUGCCCUCGGGCUCACGUGGCUCUGCUGGGCCUGCUGGACUCUGAGCUUCGCAUGAUGGAGGUCAUGAAAAAGUGGAUGGGCCAGCGGGCGAAGAGCGAGAGAGAGUUUGCGGUCCAGCUGCACGACAUGGCCCUCAUGGUGGACAAGCAGGAGCGGCCUCAGACCGGAUCUGGACCGGACCACGUCAGCCAGCUCAGCAAGUCCUGGGGGGCUCUGGUGUCUCAGACGGACCUUCUGAGCCAACUCAUGAGGAGGUGUUCCGAAGAGCUGCUGGACGGACCCGUCAGCAAACUGUCGCUGCUGAUCCGAGACAAACAGCUGCUCCGCAAAUCCUACGCGGAGCGGUGGAGUCUGAUGGGGCGGGAGCUCAGCAAGGUGACCGAAACGGAUCUGGAGAAGCUGAAGAGCAGCUACAGGCAGGCGGUGGGCGACGCGGCCCAGGCAAAGAGGAAGUUCCAGCAAGCCAGUAAAGAUAAGGAGCGCGACCGAGCGAAAGAGCGCUGCGUCAAGGCCACGAUGAAACUCCACCAGGUGCACAACGACUACGUGCUGUCGGUCCGAGCCGCUCAAGCCUUCCAGCGGCAGCAGCACACCCGGAUCCAGCCCGCCAUGCUCGACGCGCUGCAGGCUCUGCAGCAGGAGAUCGUCCUCAUCGUAAAAGAGAUCCUGCAGGAGUAUUUUGACAUUUCCUCGCUCCUUCAUCAAGAGGUGGUGCAAAUCCACCAGGAGAUGUACGCCGCCAUCACAGCCAUCGACCCCCUCACAGAGUACGAGAGCUUCAUCCAAGAGAACAGGUCUGCGGGGGACGUUCCCGUUAGUGCAGAAUUCGAUUGCAGUCUUCUGGAGAACACAGAGGACUUAAAUCCUCAAGAAGUCCAGCUCAAUGACUUAACACUGGAAACCAUCCAGCACAAGCUGACCACAGUGGAGGACGAGCUGCUGGAGCUGAGCCGGUCUCUGAGCUCCCAGCAGGUUUCCGUGGAACAGCUGGAGCUGGAGUUGAUGGCCGAGGGUGGGGCGGUCGGGAACGGCCAGAGGAUCUACCAGCUGAGCAAGCGACACGCUCUGGAGGAGUAUCGGCAUCAGGUGGCCCUGUCUCAAGGCAGAAGGGCCAAGCUGGAGGUCCAGAGGUUGAUUCUGAAGACAAAGUUGGAGCAGCUGGGUGACCGAGAACCUCCUCCCGCGCUGCAGCUGGACCAGGACUCGCUUUCGCGUUCGUCCCCCACGACCGAUGAACAGAACCAGUCCGCGCUCAAGCUCCUCGGCAACGGGAUCAUCAAGCAUUUGUCUCGGGUCAGAAGCGAUCGACAGGAGGUGGAUCGUCCUCUGGAGCAGCAAGACUGGUACCACGGAGUUGUCCCCAGGAUGGAGGUUCAACAGCUGCUGCAGGUUGACGGAGAUUUCCUGGUGAGGAAGAGCCAAGAAAAACAGGGUUUCGUGCUCUCUGUCCACUGGGAUGGCUCCUGCAAGCAUUUCCUCAUUCAGAACACAAACAAUGAGUACCGCUUGGACGGGGAGAGCUUCUGCAGCGUCCCGCAGCUGAUCCAUCACAUGCUCUCCUCCCGACAGCACAUCACCCGCAAGUGUGAUAUACAGCUGAGGAAGGCGGUCCUCAAGGAUAAAUGGGUCCUGGAGCACGAUGGCGUUAUAUUGGGAAACCUCAUUGGACGGGGUAAUUUUGGGGAGGUGUUCAGUGGGACUCUGCGCAGUGAUAACACCCCAGUGGCAGUGAAGGCUUGUAAGGAGAACCUGGCACCAGAACACAGGAAUAAGUUCCUGAUGGAGGCCAGGAUCCUGAAGCAAUACGAUCAUCCCAACAUCGUCAAGCUGAUCGGCGUGUGCACGCAAAAACAGCCCAUCUACAUCAUCAUGGAACUGGUUAAAGGUGGAGAUUUCCUCUCCUUCUUGCGUCAGGAUGGACCGAGUCAGACCCCAAAGAUGUUGGUCCGGAUGACAGAAAACGUCGCGGCCGGCAUGGAGUACCUUGAGGCAAGGAAGUGCAUUCAUAGAGAUCUGGCGGCGAGAAACUGUCUGGUGACGGAGCAGCACGUCGUCAAGAUCAGCGAUUUCGGGAUGUCGCGUCAGCAGGAGGACGGGGUCUACUCGGCGGAGGGCGGCCUCAGACAGAUUCCCAUCAAAUGGACGGCUCCCGAAGCGCUCAACUACGGUCGCUACACCACCGAGAGCGACGUGUGGAGCUUUGGGGUGCUGCUGUGGGAGGUUUUCUCCAUGGGGAUGAUCCCUUACACCAGCAUGAGCAACCAACAGGUCAGAGAAGAAGUAGACAAAGGUUAUCGUAUGCCGGCUCCACGGGACUGCCCGGUGGGAGUGUCCGCGGUGAUGAGCAGCUGCUGGCAGCAUGAACCGCAAAAUAGGCCAUCUUUUCAAAAACUGAGGGUGGACCUCCUUGACAUCUGGAGGAAUGGGACAUAAUACAAACAUUUGACUCACUCAAAAAUAUGAACAUUCAUCAUUUUGAAAAGUCUCAGCCCUGACACAGAAUCAAAAUAAUAACACCAAACAAAACAAAAUUUGAACACAGAAUCUGUUCUUUUUCUUUCUUUGAAUUAACUUUAAGGUGGAAAAUAACAAUUCACAAAAGGCGACCAAGUAUAAAAUAGAAACAUCAAACUCAUUAAUAAGUUGCUGUUAAAAAUGAGAGCCUGCAGCCCAGUGGAAAACGGUGGGUUCCAGGAAUCCGCCGCUUCAUAACAUCACGUCGCAAAUAUAAUAAUGCGCAAAAAUGAUAUAAAACAAAGGGGUGGAUAGAGUAGCAAGUAAGAGUACUGUUACUUCAGAAUAAAAUGACUCAGACAAAAGCCAAAAGUAUUCCUCCAAAUAAUUACUCGAGUAAGUAACUUCUGACUUUUAAAAAAAAUAUUUAUUUCAAUCAGAGCAUGACCAUCAGAAAAAAAAUAAAUACUAAUGUGCAAAUUCAGAUCUUGCUGGGAGAAAAAAAUCACAUGCUCCAAAUUACAAGUAAAAUUUUUAUAAAAUGAUUUUUCUUGGGAUAAAAUAACCAAUGAACACAAAUUCAGCUCGAAGAAAUUAUUUUAUAUGAUAUUUUUUCCACCUAUUGCACAACACAAUACUGUAUAGGCUCACGAGGCAGAUGGUAAAAACAGGAACAAGGCUGCAGUGACUAUCAAAAGUCUACACACCCCGGUUCAAAGACCACAUUUUUCAGUUGUAAAAUAAUUUUGGACCAAGAUAAAUUAUUUAAAAACCCUUUGCACCAUUAAGGUGACCUAGAAUUUGUACAGCUGAAUGGAUUUAUUUUUGUAUCUUUUUGAGG